GUGUUUUUUAUGGGUUUACACGCGAUAUAUGGACGUGUUAUCAGUUGUGAAAUUUUUCACAAAUCAGAAUGUUUAAUAUGAGAUGCUUUUGGAGUCAUGAGGACGUAUGGUUUUGACGUGAGAAGCUAAUGAAAGAAAAUAAAUGGGCAAAAAAAAAGACUGUUUUACGUAAUGUAUUUCUAUUUUCUGAAUUCACACAUCAGGACUAUCACAAGAAGCCACAAUUCGUAUUAUUUCGUGCAUAUAUAACGUUUUUAUGGCCGUUUGCAACGCGAUUAACGAACCGCAAACUUCUUCGACGGUGUCUUAUCCUCUCUUGCGUGUGAUUGAGGCCGCUGCCCGAGCGAUGGUGUCUGGACGAUUUAGCGGCUGCAGGAACGCGACGGGGACUUUGUAGGACCACUGCUGCUCUGUUGGAACUGUUUUAUAUUUUGGUUUAGUUUCUUUUUAUUAAUUGUUUUGUAUUUAAUGUAUAACCUAAGUUUGUUUUGUGUAAUUCUUUUGUUCUCUCUUUUGACCAACUUCAGGGAGUGUCCUCGUUUGUCCGCUUGUAUGCGGGGCGGGUCAUUUUAGCGUGGGUUUGGAACUAGCCGAUGUGGGGUUAGUGUGUCGGGGGCUGGCGUUUGAUGUGUGUGUGUGUGUUCCUUGUGGAUUGGUGUGUUGUUGUUUUUUUUUGUUUGUUUGUUUUACGGGGCCCCUACGCUGACUACCUAUUCUCCACUGUAUCUGGCUCCCCAUUGUAUUUGGCUCCUAUAGCUCCCCUUUGAUGUCAUUGGGAUGAAGUUUGUGCGCUUUUACUGUGUGUUGAGUUCGUGUAAUAAAAGCAUUUUAAGAGGUAUCGCUUCUCCUACCUGCGCGUAUAUCGAACCUGGGUGCCUUAUAUCGUAUUAGAGGAGGAUCAGUUAUUUCCUUGGGUGAAAUUGGCAAGAUGGCGUAGUCUGGCAUGUUACCUCUUCUUUUUGGGGCGGUGAAAACAAUGAUUGGUAUUAAACGAGUCGGAAAAAGAGCCGUCUUUUAUCAUAUCGCCACAUAAAAAUAUAAGAGCCUCAGGCUCAUGGCCACCAGUAGCAUACUCCCUGUGCAACACACGCCGUACGAUCUCCGUUGAACUAUUUGGUUGUGAGUGGAGAGUUUAUGGGAAGAACAGAUUUCCAACAACAGGAUGCUUCGAGCACCUCAGCUAACGCCCCUGCAUAGUAAUUAAACUAAGAACGCAGUAUAUGCUUUUUUCUGUCAGUUAUUCUAAUGUAUAUCUAACGCUAAGUAGUUUUAAGUUUAUAGCCAUUAUAUUUUAAACAAUUUCGUGCACGUUUCAAACAUAUUCCUUCGUAGGAAUAUUUCGUUAAGAAUAUUUUAAUUAAAAAAUGUUGCAAAUUAAAAUCUUCGCUAAGUGCUAUAACAGGAGAAGGAGAGUUCAGAAUCGUCUGUUCUCGUGGAAAACUACAGAAAAUCCCUCAAAGCCGGAACAUUUUUCUGGUAAUCCAAUAUAUCGAAACUGAGUUCUCUCCAGCCUAUGGAGAAACGAAACCUGCCUGAUUCCAUGCAGUUAGUUUCUGUUUCCUUCAAUCUGAGACCUCUAUAUCUUUCCAGCACACAUCCUGGUUCCCUCAGUCCUUCUUUGUCACACGACAUGGAACCUGCAAAACUUGAAGAAUCCGGGUCACUCAGUUCUGCUUUGUCAGAUGACCUGGAGCCGGGCGAACUUGAAGAAACAGCAGCAUCUCCUAAGUCAUGUGGCGUGACUAACAUCCUAAAUGAGCAGUAUGAGCAGAAAGUGCGUCCCUGUAUCGACCUGAUCGACUCCCUGCGCUCACUGGGCGUGGAGCAGGAUUUGGCUCUGCCAGCUAUUGCUGUUAUUGGGGACCAGAGCUCAGGGAAGAGCUCUGUGCUGGAGGCUCUGUCUGGAGUGGCACUGCCAAGGGGGAGCGGAAUUGUCACACGAUGUCCUCUGGAACUGAAGAUGAAGAAAAUAAAGGCAGAGGAUAAAUGGUAUGGUAAAAUAAAGUAUGGAUUAGAGGAAAAGGAAAUUGAAGAUCCCUCUGAAGUGGAGUUGUUCAUUCGAAAAGCCCAAGAUCAGAUUGCAGGUGUUGGUGUGGGUAUCUCUCAAGAACUAAUAAGUCUGGAGAUCUCUUCCCCUGAUGUUCCUGAUCUCACGCUCAUCGAUUUGCCAGGAAUUGCCAGAGUUGCUGUGAAGGGUCAACCUGAUGACAUUGGGGAACAAAUCAAGAACCUGAUAAAGAAGUUCAUCACAAAGCAGGAGACAAUUAAUCUGGUUGUAGUGCCAUGCAAUGUUGACAUAGCAACAACCGAAGCCUUAAAAAUGGCGCAAGAAGUGGACCCUCAUGGUGAACGGACUCUAGGUAUCCUGACAAAGCCAGAUCUGGUGGACAAGGGCACAGAGGAGACAGUUGUGCAAAUCAUCCUCAAUGAGGUCAUUCACCUUGCAAAGGGCUACAUGAUUGUCAAGUGCAGGGGACAGAAGGAUAUUAUAGACAACGUGUCACUUACUGAAGCCCUUGACAAAGAAAAAGCUUUUUUUGAAGGACACAGCCACUUCGACAUCCUCUAUAAGGAAGGCUAUGCCAGCAUUCCACAUCUGGCUGAAAAGCUGACUCUAGAGCUUGUGCAGCACAUUGAGAAAUCCCUGCCCCAACUUGAUGACCAGAUUGAGAUAAAAAUAGCUGAAAUUCAGACAGAGCUUGAGAAGUAUGGAAAAGGACCUCCGAGAGAUGCUGCAGAAAGGAAGGUCUUUUUGAUUGAUAAAUUGACUGAAUUCACACGAGACAUUAUCAACCUGAGCACCGGAGAAGAUCUGAAGAAUGGAAAGAAGUUUAAGCUGCUAUCUACACUGAGAGCAGAGUUUGAAAAGUGGAAGAAACACCUUGACAAAUCUGGGGUAAAAUUCAAUAUCAGGAUUGAAGCAGAAAUGAAAGAGUAUGAAACUAUGUAUCGGGGCAGAGAACUUCCUGGCUUUGUCAACUACAAAACAUUUGAGAUGCUCAUGAAGGAGCAGAUCAGUCAGCUGGAGGAACCUGCUGUAAAGAAGCUCAAAGAAAUUUCAGAUAUAGUGAGGAAAGCAUUUGUAGAAGUUUCUCAACAGAACUUCACUGGAUACCCGAACCUCCUCAAAAUUGCCAAGACUAAAAUUGAAGCCAUAAAGCAGAGCAAAGCCGGCACAACAGAGUCCAUGGUGAGGACUCAGUUCAAAAUGGAGAUGAUAGUGUACACCCAGGACAGCACAUAUGGUCACAGCUUACAGGAGGAGAAGGGGGAGGAGGAGAAGGAGAAUGCUCGUAGGGGUAUAAACCCCGUUCACAGGCAAAAUACUGAGACCACACUACAUGAGAUGGUGAGGCAUCUCAAAUCAUACUAUCGUAUCGCCAGCCAGCGCCUGGCUGACCAGAUCCCGCUAGUCAUACGCUACCAGAUCCUGCAGGAGGCAGCCUUGCAGCUACAGCGGGAGAUGAUACAGCUUCUGCAGGAGAAGGACAACGAGGAUCACCUGCUGAAGGAGGAGUAUGACAUCGGCACCAAGAGGAAUAACUUGGUCUCCAGGCUGAAUCGCCUGAUGCAGGCACAGAGCCGUGUGCUGUCAUUUUAGCCCAGAGGUCUGGCUAACAUUGAUAUAUUACAUUGUUUAUGCAUUUAGAGGAUUUAUUACUGGAAGCUCAAAUACCAUGUAAUGGUAGAUUAUUGUAAUUCAAGUAGUACAUGUACUGUAGCUCACCUGAGUUUUUGUAACACUAGCACAGCGAUAUAGAACAAAUUAUAUAUUUAUUACGUGUCAUUUUACUUGUGAUUUUUGGGAAGAGAAUGUUCUUUGGUGCAUGCAUUUAAUUUGAUUUAAAUGUCUGUAUCCUACCUUUUUGGUAUUAAAACAAGAACUUAGAUGCUUA